AUAAUCUCCUAAACAUUUGUGCCCUUUUCCCACGCAUCUUAUUGCUGUCUAACUAAACUACCAAAGCAUAUUUCUAUAUAAAUUAAGCACAACCAAAUUCCACAUACUCUGUUUUACCCUUCUCAUAUUUAUUUGAAAUUUCAAUUUCAACAACCGCUGAAGCUUAGAUGAUCCAAGAAUAUAUCCAUAUAUGCAUGAGAAGAAGAUUGGAUUUUUUGAUUUCUCUGUUUCCCUCUUCAAUGUUUAAAAAGAUUUAAUAAUUUGAAUUCCGGAAUCCUUAGGGAAGAAAGAAACAAAAGCUGGAUAAUGAAGCCAAUGGAGACAAUACAGGAUCUGAUCGACGAAGCCAAAGUACGUACACUUUGGUUGGCCAUGGUUAUCUUUAUCGUCACUUAUUUCUUGUCUCAUACAAGUACGUCAAUGUGGAUGAAUUUACCUAUAGCAGUUAUUAUUGUUUCCACAUUCAGAGUUAUAGCUAAUGAGGUUGAGUUCAAAUGGAAAGUUAAAUCAGUUCAUCCCCGAACCUAUUUAUCUCAUUUGGAGAGGAAACAGUUGUCUGUGAAUGAUUCCCGCCUUUCUAGCUCACCGCCUCCACCCAAGUGGAAGCAGAAGAUUGAUUCUCCUAUAGUUGAGGCUGCUCUCAAUGAAUUUAUUGAUAAAAUACUUAGGGAUUUUGUCAUUAAUUUGUGGUAUUCAGAGAUAACUCAAGAUAGAGAGGCCCCUGAGUUGAUACGUGCAUUGAUUUUGGAUGCUAUUGCUGAAAUAACUGAAAGGGUGAAAGAGAUAAACCUUGUUGAUUUGCUUACAAGGGAUAUAGUUGAUUUGAUAGGAGAUCACUUGGAUCUUUUUAGAAGAAACCAAGCUGCAAUAGGUGUUGAUGUUAUGGCAACAUUAUCAUCCGAGGAGAGGGAUAAAAGAUUGAAACACCACCUUAUGGUUUCUGGAGAGCUUCAUCCUGCAUUGCUUUCACCAGAGAGUGAGUACAAGGUUAUUCAGCAGCUUUUUGGCGGAGUUUUAGCAGUAGUAUUGAGACCUCGAGAAGCUCAAUGUCCUUUGGUUCGAACUAUUGCUCGUGAGAUUGUAACUUGCUUGGUAGUGCUACCUCUUUUGAAUUUGGCAAGCCCUCGGUAUAUCAAUGAAGUGAUUGAAUAUGUUCUACUUGCCAUUAAAGAAGAUUUGAAUAAGAUCGUGGCAGGUUUUGAUCAGUCUUCAGUGGGAGUACGUGAUGAUGGUUCUAUGACAUGCAAAACACCGUCCUUGAAUAGUCAAGAAACUGAUUUAAAUUUGGCUAGAAUUGACAAUCAGAAAGAAACAUAUCCAGUUUGUAACAGAUAUGAGGAAGAACCAGUGCACCAUAGACCAGCUGAUUGGGCUCGAAAAUUAGAGGCAGCAACCCAGAGAAGAACUGAAGUUCUUGCUCCUGAAAAUCUUGAAAACAUGUGGACAAAAGGAAGAAACUACAAAAAGAAGGAGAGCAAAUAUGUAAAAACAGGAUAUCAAGAAUCUAUUCCUAAAGGUUCUGAGACAAAGAGUGGUGUACUGAUGGGGAAUUCAGUAAAUGAUUUCUCUAGAAACAAGACCAGAACUUCUAUGGGAAGUGAAGAGAAAACUAUGACGCAACUAGAGCAUGGCUUGAGCCUUGACACCCAGUCAUGUGAUGAUAGCAUGAUAGACACAAAGUUAGCUAAGUCAUCAUCAUUUGAAGGAGAUCGUCAUGUUAAUACAUUUAAAAAUGUUAGUGAGAAAGCUGCUGAUGGAAAUAAAAUUAGGCUUAAGAGAUCCAGUAGUACCUCUGAUUUGAAAGUUGGAACUGAUACAAAGAAGGCACUUAGUGUAGAUGUUGAAGGGCCUAUUAUUUCAGAAUGCUAUGGCCCUGAUUUUGACAGGCAUAGUGAAGAAUAUGGGGGUAAGAUUGCCUCAAAUAUAGUACUUCGCAAUGAGGGGCCACAUAUUCCCAAGCUUAGGUGUCGGGUUAUUGGAGCAUACUUUGAGAAACUUGCAUCAAAAUCAUUUGCAGUUUAUUCAAUUUCUGUGACUGAUGCGGAAAACAGAACUUGGUUUGUCAAUAGAAGAUACAGAAAUUUUGAACGGUUGCAUCGACAUCUGAAAGAAAUUCCCAAUUAUUCAUUACAUUUGCCCCCCAAAAGGAUAUUUUCAUCAAGCACAGAGGAUGCUUUUGUUCAUCAGCGGUGCAUUCAUCUUGACAAAUAUCUGCAAGAUCUGUUGUCUAUACCCAAUGUGGCUGAACAGCAUGAAGUGUGGGAUUUUUUAAGUGUUUCCUCAAAGAAUUACUCUUUCGGAAAAUCCUCAUCAGUGAUGAAAACCCUUGCAGUCAGUGUGGAUGAUGCUGUAGAUGAUAUUGUACGCCAAUUUAGGGGAGUAUCAGAUGGCUUAAUGCGCAAAGUAGUUGGUUCAUCCUCUCCCCCUAGUGAAGCCUCUUCUUCGGCCACCGGCAGGACGCUGUCAUGGAAUGCAGAUGAGAUUGCUAAAGACAUUUCAAAGCAUUAUAACUUAGACACGGUACAUAGUGCUUCUGACAAUGAAGAUGGUAACAAAGAUGGGGACCAUGGUUAUGAGGAUGAUGGAUCAUAUUCACAAGGUCUUGAUAUGCAUUUGGACAAUGAGUUGAACUCAAAGAAUUUGCCGCCACUGGUAAUAGAGCGUGGUCGGGAGUCUGUUAAUUUAAUUUAUGAGAAACAUAAUUUAGGUGUGAAAACUGAACCGUUUGGCCAGGGUGGAUCUCCUAAGGUAAAAAUAUCAGCAACCUCCAGCCAUUUGGAGGAUCCAGUUGGAAUGCCCCCCGAGUGGACACCGCCUAAUGUGAGCGUACCUUUGCUGAAUCUAGUUGAUAAGGUGUUUCAGCUUAAGAGAAGAGGCUGGCUAAGAAGACAGGUCUUUUGGAUAUCUAAGCAAAUAUUACAGCUGGUGAUGGAGGAUGCCAUCGAUGACUGGCUCUUGCGCCAGAUAUAUUGGCUUCGGAAGGAGGAAACCAUUACCCUAGGGAUUCGAUGGAUUCAAGAUCUCUUGUGGCCAGGUGGUAAAUUCUUUAGAGCAAUUGGGGACAUUCACAGCAAAUUUGAUAAUAGCAAUCUCAACCAGACACCUAUACCUCUGCUCAGCUUCAGCCAAUUUGGUGGGAGUAAUGCCUCUAAACCUGGGUCCUUUGAGCAACAACUUGAGGCUACUCGUAGAGCAAGCGACAUCAAAAAAAUGCUUUUUGAUGGACCCCCAGCAACAUUAGUUGGCCUGAUUGGAUAUAAGCAAUACCGACGGUGUGCAAGAGACAUUUACUAUUUCACUCAGUCUGCUAUAUGUAUCAAGCAACUUGCUUAUGCAAUCUUAGAACGACUACUUAUAUCAGUGUUCCCUGAGCUACGGGAUCUUGUGAUGGACCUUCAUGCGAAGAACAUAUCAACAUUGCAUAGAAAGUAGAAACUUCUUAUUUCUGGUUCUGCUAAAGAAUACCAUGACAGGUAAGUGUUUCAAGGAACUUGAAGAGUCAUACCAUCAUUUGUUUCAGUGAUAUUAUUAUUCACUAUGUUAAAGAAAUAGAUCGUCUGUAUAGAAUCGGAUCUUAUACUUUUAUCAUUUUUUUAAACUCUAACAGCAGCCACUCGGUAGGACAUUAAAGAAACACAGUGAAGUGAAAUUAGUUAGAUGUCUGGAUAAAAAUGAUUCCUCCAUAUUUCAAUCUUCUUUUAUCAAUAUUAGUUGCAUGAAUGUAGGUUUCAUGCUUCUUUA